GCUGACGCCGCUGGGCGGGCGCUGUGAGUGCUGUGAGCGGAGCCGUGGGGGGGGCUGAAGGCCGACACAGAGGAUGAGGAUCCUUCCCAGCCCUGGGAUGCCUGCGCUGCUCUCCCUCGUGAGCCUCCUGUCCGUGCUGCUGAUCGGUUGCGUAGCUGAAAGUCCCCCUGUGUUCAUUAAAAAACCUGUGGACCAAAUUGGUGUGUCGGGAGGGGUGGCGUCUUUUGUAUGCCAAGCAACUGGAGACCCGAAGCCACGAGUCACCUGGAACAAGAAAGGGAAGAAAGUGAACUCCCAGAGGUUUGAGACAAUUGAAUUUGAUGAAAGUGCAGGUGCUGUUCUGAGGAUCCAGCCGCUCCGGACUCCCCGGGAUGAGAACAUUUAUGAGUGUGUUGCUCAAAACCCUCAUGGGGAAGUCACUGUCCAUGCCAAGCUCACUGUCCUCCGAGAGGACCAGUUGCCUCCCGGCUUCCCAAACAUUGACAUGGGGCCCCAGCUGAAAGUGGUGGAGCGGACACGAACGGCCACAAUGCUCUGUGCAGCCAGUGGGAACCCAGACCCAGAGAUCACCUGGUUUAAAGAUUUCCUGCCUGUCGACCCAAGCACGAGCAACGGGAGAAUAAAGCAGCUGAGAUCAGGUGGCCUGCAGAUCGAAAGCAGCGAGGAGACGGACCAGGGGAAGUACGAAUGCGUCGCCAGCAACAGCGCGGGAGUGCGCUACUCCUCACCUGCAAACCUUUACGUGAGAGUUCGGCGCGUGGCCCCUCGCUUCUCCAUCCUCCCCGUCAGCCACGAAAUCAUGCCCGGGGGCAACGUCAACAUCACCUGCGUGGCGGUGGGCUCGCCCAUGCCCUACGUCAAGUGGAUGCAAGGAGCGGAGGACCUGACGCCCGAAGACGACAUGCCCGUGGGCCGCAACGUCCUGGAGCUCACGGAUGUCAAGGAUUCCGCCAACUACACGUGUGUGGCCAUGUCCAGUCUGGGAGUCAUAGAAGCCGUUGCUCAGAUCACGGUGAAAUCGCUGCCCAAGGCUCCUGGGACACCAGUGGUGACAGAGACGACAGCGACGAGCAUUACCAUCACCUGGGACUCUGGAAAUCCAGACCCCGUGUCCUACUAUGUCAUUGAAUACAAGUCUAAAAGCCAGGAUGGACCAUAUCAGAUCAAAGAGGACAUCACCACCACGCGCUACAGCAUUGGGGGGCUCAGCCCCAACUCUGAGUAUGAGAUCUGGGUCUCUGCAGUCAACAGCAUUGGGCAGGGGCCUCCCAGUGAGUCAGUGGUCACUCGCACUGGGGAACAAGCUCCUGCCAGUGCCCCCCGUAAUGUGCAGGGACGAAUGCUGAGCAGCACCACUAUGAUUAUCCAGUGGGAGGAACCAGUGGAGCCCAAUGGGCAGAUCCGUGGCUAUCGUGUGUAUUACACUAUGGAGCCUGACCAACCUGUCAGCAACUGGCAGAAGCACAAUGUGGAUGACAGCCUCCUCACCACGGUGGGCAGCCUCCUUGAGGAUGAAACCUACACGGUUCGGGUCCUGGCCUUCACCUCUGUGGGAGAUGGGCCUCUUUCUGACCCCAUCCAGGUUAAGACGCAGCAGGGAGUUCCUGGGCAGCCGAUGAACUUCCGAGCAGAAGCCAAGACAGAGACAAGCAUCAUGUUGUCAUGGAGCCCACCUCGACAGGAGAUCAUAGUGAAGUAUGAGCUCCUCUUUAAGGAAGGAGACCACGGCAGAGAGGUGCCGAGGAACUUCGAGCCAACGACCUCCUUCACCGUGGAAGGCCUGAAGCCCAACACUGAGUAUGUCUUCCGACUGGCUGCCCGCUCGGCUCUGGGCCUGGGGGCCUUCACCCCGGAGGUCAGAGAGCGCACCUUGCAGUCUAAACCGUCUGCCCCCCCUCAAGACAUAAAGUGCGUCAGCACCAGAUCCACCGCCAUUCUGGUAAGUUGGCGGCCGCCUCCGGCCGAAAGCCAAAAUGGCGUCCUGGCCGGCUACAGCGUCUACUAUCGAGCGCUGGACUCUGAGGACACGGAGCUUAAGGAGGUGAAUGAUAUCCCCCCAACCACCAGUCAGAUCCUGCUGGAGUCCCUGGAGAAGUGGACAGAGUAUCGCAUCACUGUCGUGGCUCAUACGGAGGUGGGGCCGGGCCCGGAGAGCUCGCCGGUUAUCGUCCGGACAGAUGAAGACGUGCCCAGCGCGCCGCCUCGGAAAGUGGAGGUGGAGGUCCUGAACUCCACUGCAAUCCAGGUGUUCUGGCGCUCUCCAGUCCAGAACCGCCAGCAUGGCCAGAUUCGCGGCUACCAGGUCCACUAUGUGCGCAUGGAGAAUGGAGAGGCCCGGGGGCUGCCCCAGAUCAAGGAUAUCAUGCUGGCUGAUGCCCAGGAGAUGGUCAUUGCUGGGCUCCAGCCUGAGACUGCAUAUUCCAUUACCGUAGCCGCCUACACCAUGAAGGGAGAUGGUGCUCGCAGCAAACCAAAAGUGGUCACCACUAAGGGUGCAGUCCCAGGCAAGCCCAUCCUGUCUGUGCACCAGACAGAGGAGAAUACUCUUCUGGUGAAAUGGGAGCCUCCAUUGGAUGCAGAAGGCCAGGUGAUGGGCUACCGGCUCCAGUUUGGCCGCAAGGAUGUCGACCCGCUGGCUACUUUGGAGUUCUCUGCCCUGGAGGAUAAGUACACCGCUCCCAGCAUCCACAAAGGCGCCACAUACGUUUUCAAGCUGGCCGUGAAAAGCCGGGCUGGCUUUGGGGAGGAAGCUGUGCAGGAACUCACCACCCCUGAAGAUAUCCCCAAAGGUUACCCCCAAAUCCUCGAGGCGAGCAACAUCACUUCCAUGUCGGUCCAGUUUGGCUGGCUCCCCCCCGUGCUGGCCGAGAGGAAUGGAGCCAUCGUCAAAUACACCGUGGCCUACCGGGAAGCCGGUUCUCCCGGCAACCCACUGGAAAAAGACCUGCCCCCCUCCCCAGAGAACUCGUACACCCUCAACGGCCUCAAACCCAACACUGCCUAUGAUGUUAAAAUCCGUGCUCACACCAGUAAAGGCCCCGGGCCGUACAGCCCGACCGUCCAGUAUCGAACAUUCCAGCUGGAUCAAGUUUUACCCAAAAACUUCAAGGUGAAGAUGGUGACGAAGACGUCUGUUCUUUUGAGCUGGGAGUUUCCUGAGAAUUACAACUCUCCCACUCCAUACAAGAUCCAGUACAAUGGGCUGAAUGUUGAUGUGGAUGGCCGCACCACCAAGAAACUCAUCACCAACCUGAAGCCCCAUACAUUCUACAACUUUGUUCUCAUGAACCGCGGCAACAGCAUGGGUGGCCUGCAGCAGAAUGUGGCUGCCUGGACCGCUGCUAACAUGUUAUCUAGGAAGCCAGAGGUGACCCACAAACCUGAUGCUGAUGGCAACGUGGUGGUGAUUCUCCCUGAUGUGAAGAGCUCUGUGGCUGUCCAAGCUUACUACAUUGUGGUGGUGCCUCUGAGGAAGUCCCGUGGAGGACAGUUCCUGAACCCCUUGGGCAGCCCUGAAGAGAUGGACCUGGAGGAGCUGGUUCAGGACAUUGCCAGGCUCCGACGCCGAAGCCUGCGUCACUCCCGUCAGCUGGACUUCCCCAAGCCCUACAUUGCUGCCCGUUUUCGUUCCCUCCCCAACCACUUUGUCCUGGGCGAUAUGAAACACUACGACAACUUUGAGAACAGAGCCCUGGAGCCGGGGCAGAGAUACGUCAUCUUCAUCCUGGCAGUGCUCCAGGAACCUGAGGCAACUUUUGCUGCUAGUCCGUUCUCCGACCCUAUCCAGCUGGACAACCCUGACCCACAGCCAAUCAUUGACGGAGAGGAAGGGCUGAUCUGGGUCAUUGGGCCCGUCCUGGCCGUGGUGUUCAUCAUCUGCAUUGUCAUUGCCAUUCUGCUCUACAAAAACAAACCAGACAGCAAACGGAAAGAUUCAGAGCCACGGACAAAAUGCCUCCUGAACAAUGCUGAAAUCACCCCUCACCACCCCAAGGACCCUGUGGAAAUGAGGCGCAUCAACUUCCAGACUCCAGAUUCUGGUCUGAGCAGCCCUCUCAGUGACCCUGAGUUUGACUUUGAAAGUAUGCUCAGCCACCCACCAAUCCCUGUUUCCGAGCUGGCUGAACACACAGAGCAUCUCAAAGCUAAUGAUAACCUGAAAUUAUCCCAAGAGUAUGAGUCCAUUGACCCCGGCCAGCAGUUCACCUGGGAGCACUCCAACCUGGAAGUGAACAAGCCCAAAAACCGCUACGCCAACGUGAUCGCCUACGACCACUCGCGCGUCAUCCUGCUGCCCAUCGAAGGAAUUGUGGGUAGCGAUUACAUCAAUGCCAACUAUAUUGAUGGCUACCGGAAGCAGAAUGCCUACAUUGCCACCCAGGGGCCUCUGCCAGAGACGUUUGGGGACUUUUGGAGGAUGGUGUGGGAGCAGCGUUCAGCUACUAUUGUUAUGAUGACUAAGCUGGAGGAGAAAUCACGGAUAAAGUGUGACCAGUACUGGCCAGGUCGAGGUACAGACACCUAUGGGAUGAUUCAAGUGACAUUACUCGAUACCAUUGAAUUGGCCACAUUCUGCGUUCGAACAUUCUCCCUGCAUAAGAACGGCUCCAGUGAGAAGCGGGAGGUCCGCCAGUUCCAGUUCACAGCAUGGCCAGACCACGGUGUACCUGAGUACCCCACCCCAUUCCUGGCCUUCCUGAGACGAGUGAAAACCUGCAACCCCCCUGAUGCUGGUCCAAUUGUGGUGCACUGCAGUGCGGGGGUUGGACGGACUGGCUGCUUCAUUGUGAUUGAUGCCAUGCUAGAGAGGAUAAAACAUGAGAAGACAGUGGACAUUUAUGGGCACGUUACCCUCAUGCGGUCACAGCGGAACUACAUGGUACAGACAGAAGACCAGUACAGCUUUAUACACGAUGCCUUGCUUGAGGCCGUUGCGUGCGGCAACACAGAAGUCCCAGCUAGGAAUCUCUACACAUACAUCCAGAAGCUGGCACAGAUUGAAGUUGGAGAGCACGUGACAGGCAUGGAGCUGGAGUUUAAGCGCCUCGCCAACUCCAAAGCCCACACCUCCAGGUUCAUCAGUGCCAAUCUCCCAUGCAACAAAUUCAAGAAUCGUCUUGUCAACAUCAUGCCAUAUGAGACAACGCGGGUCUGCCUUCAGCCCAUCCGAGGAGUGGAGGGGUCAGACUACAUCAAUGCCAGCUUUAUCGAUGGCUACAGACAACAGAAGGCGUACAUUGCUACUCAAGGGCCCCUGGCAGAGACCACUGAAGACUUCUGGCGGAUGUUAUGGGAGAACAACUCCACCAUUGUUGUGAUGUUGACUAAGCUUCGCGAGAUGGGGCGGGAAAAGUGCCAUCAGUACUGGCCAGCAGAGCGCUCUGCUCGGUACCAGUACUUUGUAGUAGAUCCCAUGGCUGAAUACAACAUGCCUCAGUACAUCCUACGAGAAUUCAAGGUCACCGAUGCCAGGGACGGUCAGUCAAGAACUGUUCGUCAGUUCCAGUUCACUGACUGGCCAGAACAAGGAGUGCCAAAAUCAGGGGAAGGUUUUAUUGAUUUCAUUGGACAGGUACACAAGACCAAGGAACAGUUUGGCCAGGAUGGCCCCAUCUCUGUACACUGCAGUGCUGGGGUGGGCAGGACUGGAGUGUUCAUCACACUCAGUAUCGUCCUGGAAAGAAUGCGUUAUGAGGGUGUUGUAGAUAUUUUCCAGACAGUGAAGAUGCUGCGAACACAACGACCUGCUAUGGUGCAAACAGAGGAUGAAUACCAGUUCUGUUACCAGGCAGCUUUGGAAUAUCUGGGAAGUUUCGAUCACUAUGCAACAUAAAAAGCCAUCUGUUGUGCAGACUCUGUCAACCACUUAAGUCCUGGAAGGCCUCUUUUGACCCAGGAGGAGCGCUUGAACUUACAAACUGAAUCAGAAGAAGUACCUUUUCAUCCAGACAAUGCGUUGGGGAGCAGGGGGAAGGAUUGAAAGGAACACCCCUUCAGGAACUCCAUGUUGUAGCCUGGACCGUGAAGAGGCAGCUCAGGAGGUUGCUGAUGGACUACUUUAAGUGGUGAACUGCUCUUGUUACCUCAAGUGGUGUUCGCUGUGGAGGAUGUAUGGACAUCAUCAAAGAGAUCCAAAAGCUAAAACACACCUUGCAAAACGUUACCGCUGGAGAAGGGAAGGAAACCGACUUCGGUUACAUCAUUAGAGUUCAGUUUAUUUACUAAUAUAGUUGGCAGUCUUUAAAGGAAGUCACUUGCAGAAUUGAAGGUGUUCUGUAAAUGUUCAGGAACUAUAUCUCAACACUUAGGCAAAUGUAGGGUCAGGAGUUCUUUCAGCUGGAGUCUUAAUAACCUCAGUAUCAACAGUGGGAUGAUUCUGGGCUUACAGGCACCUUGCAAACAGCAUUCACUGUGUGCCCCUGCCACGCGAGAGGUUUUAUAGCUCACACUUUGAACACUUACUUAGAACAUUCCUCAUUUCUUCUAAUUCCAAAAUUUAUUUUUAGGAUAUUUAAAAUUAGAGAGAAAGAGAGAGAGGAAAACCCAGACCUGGCCAUCGUACGGCCCCAUCCCCUUGACACAGGCAUACAGGCAGAGGUGGCAGCUCUGCUGGGCUGCAUUCGCUUCCCUUUUCAGCACAUCCAGCUCCAGGGAGGCACUGAGCAGGCAGUGGUGGGACACCCGAGGCAGAAAGGCAGCCCCUUUCCCAUUCUCUUUGCACAUGCACACAACCCCACUUCUGCUGCAAGCAGCUGUGCCUCCCCACCAGUUCCUGCCACAGAAGGCCAGAAGCAUCUCUCUGAAAGGAGCCAGAGAAGCACCCUUAGGACACUUAGCUCAUAUAGCCAACUGCUUCUUGCUGCCAAACCUUCACCUGCGGAUGCAGUGGCUCUCCGGGAGCAACGCAGAGAUUGCCUCAGGACUGCCUCCAUACCACUUCACACCAAGCCCAUGGGCACAGCAACGAACCAGCCCUAGCUGUAGAAAUAACUGGGAAAGAUCAAGUAAGAUGCAUUCAAUGGCAUAACUGUGAGUGGCUUUCUUUAAAGUAUCGAUGUAACUGUAACAAGUGACAUUACCUUUUUUUUAAAUAGUGUAUUUUUUCCUUUUUUUUUUUUUUUAAAGACAAAGAAUAUCAGUCAAUGAAUUUAAAAGAAAAAAAUUGCUUAUUUGUUCAUAUUAUGUUCAAAGACAGUCUAUUUUUUCACUGUAGAAAUGUUACGUGUAAUGGCUGUGAUAUAUAAAAAUGCAGUGCAAAUUGCUACUUCUACAUAUUGCUUUUCUACCAUUUAAAAGGUUUAACUUGCUCAUGUAAGAACAAAAUGUCCUUUCUGGAUUAUUUUGUUUGUUUUGUUUAAAAUCUCAGACAUAUCACCUGUCUUCAGAAGUGUGUGAGAUCAGCAGGCAGGUCCAGACCUGGUGGCAGUGCCAACCUCCUCCCCUUCAGCUGUGGCCGUGCUGCUCCCUCCUACCAGGGCCAGGGGUGAACUGGGAGAUUAAAAAAAAUGGCAGUGUCUUAGGACUGAAGACAAAAAUACAGCAGCUUCAGAGGCGCAGCACACGUGGGCAAGCACACAGCUUUCAAACAUCAGCAGUGUAACGGAGGUAAGAGCCUAACUGUCCAUGCACUGGUGUGAAGAUACGAUACGUGUAACAGGGGUACAAGGAAUUUCCUUGCAGAAGUGCACAGAGGACAGCAUGUUGGAAAAGAUGCACUGCCCAGGACACUGCUUGCCUGUGGCUUUUUUUUCCUAGAAGGGGUAAUUAUUGCCAUCCAGUGCUACCCAGAAAACCCCACAACAGUCCAUUUCCUGCCUUUAACUGAAGAAAAAAAAAACAAAAAACAACAAGAAGCUUCUUCAAGAUUUUACUUCUUAUUUGUGUAAAAGUUGCCCAAAUUUCUAAGUAUGUUGCAGCAAAAUCUUACUGGAAGAGUUGGGGUGGGGUGGGGGAAGGUUUUUUUUUUUUUUCUUUGUAUGAGAGCAAAGUGCUGUUGCUUUCACACUGUUAUUUCAAACUGAAACAUUAAGUGGUUUUCAUACCACAGUGUAUGUAGAUAUAUUGACUUUGUAUUAAAGGAAGAUUGUCUGAAA